AAGUAACAGGAUGCAGCGUAAGUUGCAAAAACAUACAAAAAAUGUAGGAAAAUUCUCACAUAUGAAACACGAAAAUUCAGGUUUACUAGAACGAAGAAAAGUCAUUCAGUUUUAUAUAAUCAACUCCUGUUAUCAAAUUAGUGACACCUAAACAAGAUGUUCAGUGAAAUGAAGGAUAUAAAAUUCAUAUACGGGUUGUGGGGUUGUAGUAGAAAGCCUGGCUGUCUAGUGCGGUACAUCGACGCACGCCACGCCGCACCAAUGGCUGGAACAAUCAAUUUACCUCCAUCAACACUGUCUACUGUUCCUCUAACGUCUUCCUUUAUCUCUACGACCCAUAGUUUUUCCAAUUUCACCCGUUCUUUCAAUCUCCGAACUACCUUUAAACCCCCUAGUUAUCAUCCCAAACGCCUCUCACCCCCAGAUAUAUCAUUGUCACUCAAUCCAAUCCCCGGUGACAGUGCGUCAUCCCACCAAAACCGAUGGUCUCUUCAUGGCAAGACCGCUUUAGUCACUGGUGGCACUCGCGGCAUUGGGCGAGCGGUUGUGGAGGAGUUGGUGCGUUUUGGAGCGAGAGUCCACACGUGUUCGAGGAAUGAGAGCGAGCUUAACAAGUGUUUGAGAGAUUGGGAUGAUUUAGGUUUUCAAGUUACUGGGUCAGUGUGUGACGUAUCUAUUCGAGAGCAGAGAGCGAGUUUGAUGGAGUCUGUUUCUUCUGUAUUUGAUGGCAAGCUCAACAUCUUGAUUAAUAAUGCUGGAGCAAAUAUCCGGAAACCAAUGGUAGAGUUCACAGCAGAGGAAUUUUCCACUCUCAUGGCCACAAAUUUUGAAUCUGUUUUUCACUUGUGCCAACUAGCUUAUCCCCUGCUGACAGCAUCUGGAGCAGGAAGCGUUGUAUUUACAUCUUCUGUGUCUGGUUUUGUCUCACUCAAAAAUAUGUCUGUUCUGGGUUCAACUAAAGGAGCUAUCAAUCAGCUUACACGAAAUUUGGCUUGUGAGUGGGCAAAAGACGACAUAAGAUGUAAUGCUGUGGCGCCUUGGUACAUCAAAACCACAAUGGUGGACCAAGUGCUUAAUAAAAAGGACUAUUUAGAAGAAAUAUAUUCUGUAACACCCGCUCGGCGCCUAGGAGACCCAACAGAAGUUUCAUCUCUGGUAGCAUUUCUUUGCUUACCUGCAUCAUCUUACAUCACUGGGCAGAUUAUCUGUGUUGAUGGGGGAAUGUCUGUGAAUGGUUUCAACCCAAUUCAUGACUAGAAUGUUUAUCCUGUAUUUUCUUGCCUCUGUAUUCACCGUGGUGUCAGUUACCUACUCCUGUCGUAACUCCACAGAAGUCAUCUUCUAGCUCCUGCUGCACUUUCCAGCAGCAUAAAGCUGAUUCCUUUUGUUUUUCUUACUUGUUUCACCCCUUCACCCUGACUUUUGUUGUCCCAAGCAUUAUUCUUAUUGUAAUAUUUUGGAUUGUGGUCAUGCCUGGCUGUGUAAACCUACUUGUGUUUCAUUCAUAUUCCCCUAUUGUAUCAUUACCACACUUUCUGAUCU